AUUGAUGAUGAUUGUUGUUGGGUUUCGAUCGAACUGCAACUUCAAGCUUCUUGUUCAUCUUCUCCAGCUUGCAGAAGUCUUUUCAACUUCAACCAUCCCUCUUCACACCUCCAUCCCAUGAUAAGCUCUGGAAUGUUACCCGGACCGUUGAACGUUGAAGAGCGAUGACUGCCUUCGAUCGAUCCGACUCUCGAAUGGCGACCGUCAGAUGAUCAUCAUCAGACUCAGACUCACCAUGACCAGCAGCUGUCAGCCAGUCCUCCCUCAUCUCAAGCGCACCGAGAACUGACUGCCUGACUAACCAACUAACUGGCGCUCCUUCAAGAAACACAGACAUUACUCAGCCAAUGACGAUGACCUGCAAUCAGCAAUAAGCCAACCCAAUCAGCAAUAAGCCAAAAGCACAACUACAUCAUACCAACCUCAACCAUGGAGCACCAUCAUCCCAACCCAGCACAACCACACCCACUGGAAUCUGAGACCAACAGUCCAGCCAAGAUCGCGGAGCCUGCCGAAAAGCCAUCAGCCACCAGCUACCCUCCAUCAAGCCUAAGCCAUCCCAUCAAGCCAAACACCACCCCCAUCUUCUCCUCCCCACUGGCCUAUAGCGCCAAGAGCGACGCCAAUCGACUCGAGCACCACAAACAACAACAACAAGACAUCAACAACCACCAGCUGCCAACAUCCAUCACAAUCGAUCACCCUCAUGCUCACUCUACACCCUCCAAGCCCCCAUCACUGACGCUCAACAACCCUCCGAGCCAGAGGAACGAACCUACCAUCUCUUCCUUCGAUCCUAAGUUGGAACCAAGCUCCACCCUCUCCAGCAGGGCUAGCAGCUCAACCAUGAGUCGAAAUUCUGACGAACCCGAACUCGAUCCACUCUCCAGGCCACACCGUCACUCCCAACCCUCCCAAUCUCAAUCCAUCGGCAGGAGGACUAGCUUGAAUAAGUCUGGCGCUGGGCCUGCGAUGAGCAGGAAAGAUCUCGUACGGAUGGGCAGUCCGCUGAGGCAUGUCACUCAACUCGGUCCUGGGCUCUCAUCCGCAGACAGCCCAUCUGAUUCUAAGCCUACCAGAUCAACCGAUGAAACCUCUCAAAAACCCAACUCUCAACCGGCCCUUGCUGACGACCUUCUCCUUGCACCUCAACCUACUCUACCCCACUCCACAUCAUCCUUAGGACUAGCCACUUCUCGCUCCAACGAUUCAUCAAGUCCUCUCGUCAGUCCCACCAACCAGUCCCUACUCUUCGGCUCGCCCACCACUCGACGCAAAUACAUCUUGAACCCGAUGGCCUCACUCAACCAAUACCAAUUCUUCCCUGCCUCUUCACCAUCAACCAGCAUUCAAUCCGGCCCUACGACCUCUCCCAGCACAUCCUCAAUAUCUACCGACAACCCACAGGCAGUCAACCUCAACUCCCUUCCCCCUCCUGCUCCUGCUUUUGGUGCUGUGAUCUCCGAUCUUAUCACUCCCCGCAGCUCCAGUGAUCCCACUCAAGUAUCUCCCCUUGCCGCUUCCUCUCAAUCCAAGGCUCACUCGAGACCUAUUCACUACCCCUCUUCACCCUCCCUACUUGAUCGAACCACCACUCCCGCAUCAAGCUCGAGAAACACCAGUCCAGCAUCUACCAAAAGCGUCCCAAGUGCCAUGUUCUCGCCUACUUCUGCUCACUCCUCUCCCUCGAACUAUGGCAACCAGCAAAAAUCAGUCCAACACUCCCGGAAGAUGUCCCUGGCCUCUCCACCUGGACAAAACCCAUCGGCCCAUCGAAGAAACUCGUUGAUCUUCACCCCUGGCGCUUCCUCCUCCUCAUCUAUCGUCCCCAAUCAUCAUUACAACAAAUCAGCCCUCUCCGCCGCCUUGGCUAACAAUUCUUCCACCGCUCCUCCCUUCCCUCCUAUCGAAGCUAUCAAAUUGAAGAGGAUUCCCACUUCGGUCCGGGUUGCUCAAGAGCUUCGCCCCACUCAUCUCAACUCGCAAUCCAGUGGCUUGACUUCAGCCCCUCUGCUCAAGACCUCUCUUGCAUCAUCAUCAUCCUCAUCAUCCAGGUCCCCCUUACCCCAUGGAUCUCAACAAGAUCCGCCGGCCGAUUUCACCCUGACCCCCGAUACAAUGUCAUCCUAUCUAGCCUCCCCUCCUCAGGUCUCCAUGAUCCAUCAUACAACCCCUGCUCUCGCAUCAACCGAACAGCACUCAGUCAGUUCACAAAGUCCCGCCGAGUUGGUCCCUGGCGGCUUUGGCUCGCGCAAUCCGGCCCGUGCGGCGGCAUCUACUACCCCAUCAGCCGAUGCCUCUUCGGGUGGCCACGAAGGAUCUUCUAACUGGUCGAGCGGAAGUCUUCAAGGGAUGAGUCUUGGGCUUGGAAGCGUUGGACCGAGUAGAAACUUGGAACCCUCGCCAACCAGUCUCGCAUCACCUAUCGCUAUCUCAUCUAUCUCUGGCUCUGGCGAAGGGGGUGGCAGUAUUGGUAGCAGUAGUCACGAUAGCAGGGGCCAACCAGGAUCACACUUCUCCCUCUUCUCUCAAGUCUCAAGUCCUUCUAGUCCGUACAACAUUCAGCGAGGUCUGGCUCAAAAUCGACUCGCCGGUAAAGAUAUUCCAAGGGAUCGAUCGACGAGUCUGUUCAGCUUGAUCAGCAGCGAUGAUAGUUCAUCCAACCCAGCCGGUCGAUCCGCCGUUGUACCAACUCAUGGGGUGACCUCAGGUGCGAAUGAGAGCAGCGACCAGCUCAGCAUGUCCCCAUUCUCACUCAUUGACGCGUCAACAACCACCUCAGGACAGCAGGCCUUACGUCCGCUGGCUAGUGCUAGUGGUGGAUACCGUACCAAUCCAUCAUCACUAUCUGUCGGGACCCCAAAUGAAUCCAGUUCUUCUUCAACCUCUUCUCGCAUGAAUUACCACCACAUUCAAAACGCUGGUCUCCCAGCCUCGGUGCAAAUCACCAAGUCUACGUCUGACCAACGAUCCACCAGUCUUACUGAAGCCCCACGCUCUUCCCAUAGUCUAUCGAGGCAUCUCUCAAACUCCGUCUCUUCGCGUCGCGCCGCUCUCAAAAAUCAUCGGACAUCAAUCGUACCCGGUAGUGGCCCAUCGACCGAAGACUUUGCCAAGAUAAUUAUCCAAUCUCGAUCGGCCAAGAUCCAAAAGUGGAAGCAACAACAGCAAACUCAUAGUAAGCGCCUGUUUGGUCAACAACCUGGCCCAACUUCUGAUUCUGCAUCGCUUGAUUCUAAUCAAGGGGACCAAGCAAACCAACGUGAAGGUCCCAGCAGAUUGGAUGCACCCUUUUCAACCUAUGGUUCUUCGCUUGGGAUUGUCGAAGGGAGUCGCUUCAAAAAACUGACGCCUUCAAGUGCCUUAUCAAGUAAUACAAUCACUGGAAGAACGUUAUCCAAGAAUAACCUGAAUUAUCACGAGAUGAGCGAACGCUUCCUCCAGCCCAGCGAGGGUUUUGUCCCCGAGCGCCCGCGGAUCCCUUCCUUCACUGCUGCCCCAUCAUCUGCUAAUGUCGCCGGUAAACGCAAAGUCAGUGGCAGUCGGAUCGACGAGGAGGAGGAGCGCAACCCUCCGGAACAGUUGCCAUCUACUAGCAAUUGUCUAGAAGAUUUUAAUCUCGAUCAAUCGGGCCAAUCUUCUUCAGACCAGCAAGGCCUUCCAAGCCAAAGGAGACCUUCCUCCAUCCGGACCAUUGGAGCAGGCAAAAGUCAAUCCGAACAAGAACCAUCCGAACUUGGCUUCACCGAAGAUGGGUUGUUUCCGCCGAUUGAUCCCAUGCGCAAAUCAGCCUCCAACCUCACCGUGCCUUCACUCCAGCCAUCUAGUGGCAGUAGCGGACCGACGGCGCUACGUGAGAUUGAAUGGGUUGAUUGGUUGGAUGACUAUCGUCGGAUGAAAGAGGCUAAGUUGAGGGCCGAAGGUCAUGAGAGAUCGGAGAGCUUGGCCGACUCAGAUCUCAAACCUGAUAGUAAUCCGGUUCAGGCCCCGCCUCCACUUCCAACUAUUGACACCACCAUUCCUGCUGAGUCUCAGUUGCUCGAGCUACCUUCUCAGUCUCAGACAGAUAUUCAACCCGUGUCGCCUGUCUCUGAUAUCUCAAUGGCCUCUGAAAUGGAAAUGCCAGCCAGUGAACAGGCUGGAAACGUUCCAACUUCAGACAACUCGCCACACGACUCAGGCUUUUCUAUCCCUCCAUCACCUUCUCUGCCCGAAGGAAAUCCGUCAAGGAGGAGCAAUUUGUCUCUUUUGAUUAGCAAAGGUUUAAGUGGAGGGUCUCGAAGAAGCCUCUCCCGUCCCCGUCUUUCCAAACAUCUCACCGGCUCUCAGGCCGAUCUCAGCCACACAAAUUCCCCGAUGGUUGCUUCUCACUCGAGCAGUAGUAUCCCAGGCGCCCACCCGGCUGGGAAAACCAAGAAAAACUUUACAUUGGGUAAGAAGAUCGAUGACUGGUGGAAUGCCGUGCGAACAAGUUUUACAUUGAAUCCGGAGGACAAGACUAACGCCUCGAGUAGUGAGACUAGUUCAAGCUAUCGAACCAAUCUUGCCGCACUCCAAGCUUCUUCCACCCAAAGUCCAGCCAAUAGUAGUCCAGCUUUCCCCGAACAUCUCAUUGCUAAUCAACCCAAUCCAAAGAUCCGAGCCAUCUCGUCUCUAUCAGAUUGCGGAUCAAGGCCGGCUACAAAUGAGCUGGCUACCAUCACAAAAUCGCAUCUCUCUGCAAGUCCAUUGCCGAUCCGUCCCGUAGAUCAGCCCAGGUCUGUUCCAUCCGGCGCCCUGGCCCCCCUACCCAUCAUGGCCAGGUCAAGCGAUGGCGCCGGGGCUGGCGCUCCGUCGAGUUUAGAUGGCAGUCUCCGGCUAACCCACGACCAACGCCGACGUAACCCACAACUGACGCUCAAAUUGAACCGAUUAUCAGCCUCAGAACUCUCCAAUGUCUUUGGCAAUCUUAACGAGCAAGGAGGACCUGGUCACUCGUCUUCCCAUUCUGGCCACUCCUCCUCAAAUCACCAGACUCACAACCCUCGUGGAUCCUCUAGCCAAGAACACUUGACCACUGUCCAAGUGAACCCCCCUUCUGCUGCAUCUGCCGCUUCACCGUCUACGCCUUCUCAUUCCCAAACACAGGGUAACAAAUUCCUCGUGGAUAUCACUCGACCUGAACCCACUCCCGUUUUGAGUCCCACAGGCAAACGGAUGUGGGAUUCCACCCCUGGUCUAGUGCUUGGUGACCCGUUUAUGGCGGCUAGUAGCUCAGUCACAAGUAAUAACGACAUGCCAGAGACUCGCAAUAACUCUCGUCCGCUCUCGUCUACCCAGCAAACUGCUACUGCCAAACCCCCCAAUGAACUGGGCCUCCCGUCCGAAGUUGGUUCCACUAGCGGCUCGUCAACUCGACAGAUUCCUCCGCAAUCUGAGAGUAUCAAGAGUACUCAACAGGAAGGCAAAUCGCAAGAUGAUAAAUCGGCUAACCCUCCACCAAGUAGUCAACCUACUCCCGAGCAAAAGUACCAAACAUCCUUCUCGAUGCACACUAUCCGUCAGCACAUCAAAAAUCGACUGUCGACUGCUAAGACCGUCUGUGAUAAUUCUUUGAAGGCCAUCAUCCUCGAGAUCACGACUUAUGUUGAAAAAGAAGCUCAGAACUUACGUGAACAAGAUCGGAUCCAACACGAGCUCGCCUUGGUGUCUGAGGCAAUCCAAGCAACUACCACUGGCCAAUGGUAUUCCCCCGUUGAAUCCAACCCCCAACUUGAUCCACAACAACCACACAACGUUGUCCACCAGGAAGGCAUCCCAUCAGAGCCCAAUCCCGAUUUGAUGAGUUUGCCAAUCGAUCGACCUUUUCGAACUACCACGCCCACCUGUUCACCCCGUCAAAGCCUUAACAGAGCCCUAUCGAUUCCCACCGAUUUCUCUCUCUCUCCCGCCUCAAGUCCUCUCCACCAUCAACGAUCGAUUUCCGUCAAUCCUUUAGAUCUAACCGAAUCUACAUCUCUCCCGAUCUCGAGCUCACUCAGCAGACAAGGCUCACGGCAGGGACGGGGUCCUCAAUCAUCUGGCUCGAUCUCCUCGGCCGUCUUACCACCUCGAGGUAUUCGACGGCCGUCGUUCGUCCACCGUCGGGGUGGGAUCGGCUCUACGGCAACCCCCCACAUAGGCCGAAGUCUCGAAUCGCCCAACCGAGGGGGUUCGAGAAGCGUGAGCAUUUCAACUCAGCCCUCAGAGUCGGUUGAAGCCAGCUCCCGAUCGACCUCGCGCUCCCGAUCACCCCUACCACGAGUGACCGGGCAACUCUCCUCCAGUUCACAUCGAAGAAGCUCUCCCCGCCCAGAUCCAAACACGAUCAGCUUACCCCCUUGUCCCUUCCCCAUUCCCAGUGAUGAAAAGUUUUACAACUCUCCCUUCGUGGCUGCCUUGCAGGAAAUUAGCUCGAUCGCUACCGAGAUCCUCGAUACUCCUGCCGGCGUACUCGCCGCUAAAUCUCAUGCUUGUGUCGACGUCAUUCAUCGUGUUCAGCAGAUUGGUAAAAGUUGGGAUGAGCAUGACGAUUGGCCUCAUCGUGGAUGGUAUGUUCGAGUUUUGUUAGCAGUUGCUGGUCUAAGUCGAGUAUUAGAAUGGUGGGAUGCCGAGAAAGGUUUUUGGAAUUUUGCGCCUGAGGAUGAAGAUGAUGGGGAAGAGAUUUGUUUCUUUGCCACACGGGUUGAACAUUCCAGUGCGGCGGGCUCGGCGGUGUUACCAGGACAAGUCAACGCGUCGAUCGACGUGAUAGGAACGCCGCACGGGUUUGCGGAUGGCGAACAGGGGCCGGUGAAUACGCCUCAAACGACCAGCGAGGCCGGCUUGAACCAAGGCAGACUAGUCGAGUCCUUCGCCCUGCCCCCUCCGGCCACUGAUGUGGACCAAGAGAUGGAGAAACAGGGAUUUGUGACCAACAGAGAGCCGCACUUGAAGAAACCGAUGGACGUCCCUCAAUCCGUCAGGGCUGAAUCCGUCUCGGUCUCCUCCGUCUCUGAAGUCAAACAUCCUCAGUCGGCUGGCUUGCUCAAACCCGCACCCUCGGGCACUCAUAACUUGGAUAAAGACUUCACGAAAUCCAUCGAACUCGCUCGUACCGAAACUAUUCUUGCCGAAGUCUCCUUGGAAAACGCAGUGAUUCUUUACCUCAGUCCUGGUUGGACUAAAGUCACUGGCUUGGACCCUCAAUCGGUCAUUGGAACCCCGUUGGGAGAACUGAUUGAUGGGAAUUAUGAGCUAUUCAAUGAGGCUAACCGACGGUUGAUGGAAGAUGUCGGUAAUACGGUGGAGCUUCAGUUCACGAUUAAAAUCUCCUUGGCCAGUAGUGAUCAAGAAGGAGAUUCCAGUCGGUCGAUCACCACCAGGGAUCAUUUCUUGCCGAUGACUGCUAAAGGAAUGCUAAUGGUCGAUCGAAUCACCGGGGAAGGCGUACAUUCGAUGUGGGUCAUCAGACUUAACUCACACAAGAAAGCGCCGGUGUCCACUGGAACUACGAUGGAGACCAAGGGGUCACAUCACACUCGAUCCCAUAGUGACCCGGUUGCACAGUUUCCUGCUCCCGCUCCUCUUUCCACUGAGCCGUUACUAUGCCGGAUAUGUGAACAUUAUCUACCGGCUUAUUACUUCGAGAGACAUAAUGAAACCUGUGCGGAAACUCAUAGGUUAGAAAUGCAAGUCAGCGAGUGUAAUGACAGGCUUACUGACCUUCGAGAUAUUAUCAACGAGUUGAGGGGUGCAUUGGAUCGGAAUGGGAGUAUCAAUGAGCUCUCCUAUGGCAACUUGUCUCUUCAAACCUUCUCCUCAUUUCCCUCAUCCGUCCUCAGUCCUCUCAACCCUGGUCGAGCCUCCGUUUCUUCAUCGCCUCAUCAUAAUUCGUGGCGGGCCAACGUCAAAGGAAUCUUGGAUGAGAUUGGUGAACUUUUGAAUACUUCUCUCGAUAUCUCGACACCUUCCUCGAAUGACGAGGCUGCCGACCAAUCGAUUGAGAACCUAAGACUGUUGUCUCCCACCUCGGAGAACAAAUUGGCUAGUGUUGCCAAAUGGUCGUUGCGUGCGUACGAGGACCCGGCCCUGGCCAAUCUGGCGUCCGAUGUCGUGCGGGCAGCUCAUCACAAGUGUAACGCGGUCAAUCGAAUGAGGAAUACGAUCUUGUAUGCAGAGAGGAUCAGGAUGGAGUGGGAGGCUAAGGCUCAAUAUGCCUUUAUGGCCUUGCCUAAGCGCUUGGAAAGCGAUUGUUCUCCGGCUAUGUCACCGAUCAUGGGUGAUGAGAUCGAUCGGCCGAGGUCGGCUCCCCAGAAAGCCGAUGCCAACGUUCUUCCUGAAGUGUUUCGUCCCAGACCACGCCGGCGAUCAUCCACUCCCAAUAUCUCUGGGCUUAAGGCUAGUCCGGCCUCUCGACUGGCUCCGAUCGACACGAAGACCAUCGAGUCCAAAGGCUUGGGGAUCUCCACAUCUCAACCCUACUCCGGCAUUGGCACCCCACCCCGCUCGCCUCGUCAUCCAGGCUUCCAACAAGCCCAUGCUAGACGAACUUCGCAUGCGCGACAGGCUGGAUCGCUGGGGCCUGCGCCUCUCUCACCCAGGAUCCCGUCGGCCGUGCCUGGGAAAUCCAAGUCGGCAGCAUCGAUCAAGGAUUUCGAUAUGCUCAAGCCAAUCAGUAAGGGCGCGUUUGGACAGGUCUGGUUGGCCAAGAAGAAGACGACAGGAGACUAUUAUGCGAUCAAGAUCUUGAAGAAACAGGAUAUGAUUGCUAAGAAUCAGAUCAUGAAUGUCAAGUCGGAGCGCAAGAUUUUGAUGAAUCAGGCCGAUUCUGAUUUCGUCGUCAAACUCUUCUAUACCUUCUCUUCCAGAGAUCAUCUCUAUCUCGUCAUGGAAUAUCUUAACGGCGGUGAUUGUGCUGCCUUGGUUAAGGCCCUCGGUAAUCUCCCUGAAGAGUGGACGAGGAAUUACGUUGCUGAGGUCGUCAUGGGAUUGGAGUAUCUUCAUUCAACCGGUGUCGUCCAUCGUGAUUUGAAACCUGACAAUCUAUUGAUUGAUCAUCGGGGGCAUCUGAAGCUGACCGAUUUCGGACUGUCGAAGAUCGGAUUGUUAGGCCGACAGGCGGCGGAGCCACGAGGGCCGAUGAGUCUCUCAAGCAGUUCGCGGGAUGGGAACCUCGAUAAACGGAAGCUGUUCAACUUGGGCGGCAGUGGCUUGACGCCCUCGACUAAUCCGGGCUCGCAACCGGGACGGAGCUCGGCGACCUCGACACCCGACCUGUCGCCGAUGGCCCCCACCUCUUCGUACUUCACUUCCCGCGCGAAUCGGCCCGUGAACCCUACCCUGGUUUCUCAUGAGCUCGAAUGCUUGGGUACACCCACCAGCGAAUCUUCCAAAGAUUCUGAUCCCGUCACCUCUCUUGCCUCUCGUAAGCUCCAAAAAUCCACCCUCGCCCACUCCUCUACUCUCCCACCCAGUGCUACCGGUAGUGGGGCCACUGCUCCCCCCGGAACAUCAGGCUAUAAUCAUCAGCAUCGUAGUAAAGCCUCCGACGCUGGUCAUAAACAUUUCGUCGGCACACCCGAUUAUUUGGCACCUGAAAGUAUUCUGGGUAUCGGGAUGGAUGAAAUGGUGGAUUGGUGGGCUUUGGGCGUAGUUUGUUACGAGUUUCUCUAUGGGAUUCCACCGUUUCAUGACGAGACGCCGGAUAAAGUGUUUGAUAAGAUUCUUUCGCGGCGGUUGGAAUGGCCAGAAUCGGAUGAUGAUAUCUCGCCUGAGGCGAUUGAUUUCAUGAAUCGAUUGAUGUGCACUGAUCCUAAGCAUCGACUAGGAGCUCAAGGGGCAGCCGAGGUCAAAUCGCAUCCGUUCUUGGCCGAUAUCGAUUGGGCCAACUUGUUCAAGAGCGAGGCUUCCUUCGUUCCAUCGGUCACUGAUCCCGAGUCGACUGAUUACUUCGACCCUCGAGGGGCCGCACAAGUGUUCCAUGAUGAGGAAGAAACUCCCGCGCAAUCAUUGCCAGUCCAGUCCACUACAACCACUACCGCUAGUCUGUCUGGGUUUCAGUUCCGCAACAUCUCCUCAGUGCCCUCAUCUUCUGCGGAACUCAAAAACUCCUCAAGUCAGAACUUGUCCUCUCGUAGCUCGAGACCUUCCGAUGACUUUGGGACGUUCAACUUUAAGAAUCUUCCCGUGCUUGAACGCGCUAAUGAAGAAGUGAUCCGCAAACUUAAGGUCGGUCAGAAUGGCGAACGGAUCAAGUAUCCUCGUCAUCUGCCUUUAGGUGGCAAGAUCGUUGGGCUUUCCUCGCCUACUGAAUCCACCAGCUCCUCAGCCCCUUCAUCCUCACGACCCUUAGCCGGACCACACGUCUCCCCACACACCCGGCGACCAUCCGAACAAUUCAGUCGCUUGGUCUCGCCGGGAACGUUCGAUGAUCCAUCGCGCAGGAACAGCAUGCCCUCACGAAUCCGUAGUGCAUCUUUCUCAGGCACCAAUGGAGCCCCUCCUCUUCCUCCUCUUCCCAUCCCUCAUCAUCAUCAUCAUCAUAAUCAUCAUCCGUCUAUCUCUACUCCGGCAAACAACGAAUCUAAUGACCGGUCUCGUCAUCGGACGGGCUCGCUCCUCAACAACCAUCCCACCCCGCCAGUCUUGCGUAAACGGAUCCAUCAACAACAACAGUCCACCUCCGGUACUCAAUCUACCCUCAGCUCGCCGGGAAAACCGUUCAAACCCUCGCUCCCGCUCUUCCAUCCUUCAGCCUCUUCUUCCGCCUCCUCCUCUUCUUUCUCUGCGUCUAGGAAUCAGAUUCCUCCGCCUCCGCCGGGCAAAUCUUUGCCUCCGUUGCAGGAACGUACCGUCGAUUGCUUGAUUGCUGAAGAUAAUCCUAUUAGUUCUAAAGUUUUGGAGACGAUUCUGAUCAGGUUGGGAUGUCGUUGUGUGGUCGUUCCUAAUGGGGAAGACGCGAUUAGUUGCGCAAUGGGCGAUAUCGCUUUUGAUGUGAUUUUCAUGGACUUGAUGAUGCCCCUCAUUGAAGGACAAGAUGCAGCAAGGAUGAUCAAAUCGACGCAAAACCCGAACGCUUUAACACCGAUCGUUGCCGUCACUUCGUUCUUUGAAAACUACUCUUGUUCUGAACAGGGCACCCUCUUUGCCGGCUUGCUCAUCAAACCCGUCAAUAAGAAAGACGUCCUCGGCAUGUUGAAGAAGUUGGGCUUCGUCGCCCGCAAAAAUUAAGUCCCCCCCAUGUUCUUUGGUUUUUUUGUUGUUGCGUUGCGUUGCGUUGCGUUGCGGUGGGGUUUCGAAGGUCAUGGGCAAGGGAAAUUUGCUUGGUUUUUCCUGCUUCUUCGGUUGAUUGUUCAUUUAGGUCUAAAUCAAAUGCUCUUUUGGUUUGGCGUUUUGGUUGGUUAUUUGUUCAUUUUUUUUUUCCUUAUUUUUUUUCAAAUUGAUUUGUGAGUUUUCCUUUUUUGUUUGUUUGUUUGUUUGAUGGAUUGAUCGAUUUUUUUAUGUACUCUUCACCUCUUUUUUCUUUCUUUCUUUUAUUCCCUUGACGUGUUUUCCUUCUUUUUCUUCUCUUGGGUCUUCUUAUCCUUCAUUCAUCAAAAAAAAAAUCAAAAAUCAAAAUCAAAACAUUCUGACUUUCUUCACCCCCUCUUUUUUUUAUACAUACUGAUUCAUAUUCAACAAAUAUGUUUUGUUUUGUUUUGAUUUGUUUUUGGUUGCUUCUAUUAUUAAUAUAGAGUGGUGUAUUACUUUAUCAUUACAUUUAUCCAUUGUGACGUAGUUCAUCUUCAACUCAUCAAAUUAAUUAAAAAUUAUUUAAAAUAAA